UUCCGAAAACCUAGCACGCUCUCCCCAUUCCCUUAGUCUCCCUGCCGCCGAAAAGGUUGCAGCGGCUCGGCAGGCCGGCGGCUGCUUCGCCGAAAACCGGCGUCGGUGACCAAGGACAAGGAUCCGGCAAGCUGGAGGUAGUGACGGGCGAGGCGGCACGGUGACCAGCGACAAGUCCACGACGUCAUCUCUAACUCCCAGUACGCCUGCCAGAUACAUCCAUAUACACUCUCUUCAUUUCUAUGUAUGCAACCCCAAGACCUCUCCUCCUUUCAACGUAUGCAACCUCAACCUGAUCCAGUCUUAUCUUCCUGCGCCUCUCGUCUACUUGGAUUUUCCUCGAGUAGCUAGUUGGAUCCCCAAACAGAUCCUCCAGUCUUCUUCUUCCUCGCGCACAUGUCGAUCCACCUGCUGCCACCGGUUGAACCAUAGUCAGUGUCGCUGCUGCGCCGCCUCGAUCGCCUUGCCCUGCCCGAGCCACACCUAAGUGGUCAUAGUAGAUAGUGUGAAAUUGAUUGCACAUCAGAUACAUCAUACAUGGAUCAUGAGGUCCUGGAGCGUAUACUUGAUGGAAGAGAAAAUCCGACAAAUCUAUCACUCUCACUUUUGAAGGAUAUCACCGAAAAUUUCUCAGAGGAUCGAGAAAUUGGCCAUGGUGGAUUUGCAACAGUUUAUAAGGGAGUGCUCCCGAAUGGGAACGUUGCGGUAAAGAGGAUAAAGAACAGUCAUUCAAUCAAGGAGACAUUGUUUUAUCACGAAGUUGACAGCCUGUUGAACAUUGAACAUGAAAAUAUUAUACGGUUUCUUGGCUUCUGUGCUAGCACAGAUCAGACGGCAAUAAAAAUUGAAGGAUUGAAACAACAUAUUUAUGCCGAGGUACGAGAAAGACUACUCUGUUUUGAGUAUGUUAGCAAUGGAAGCCUGAGAAAGUAUAUUACAGAUGAAUUAAGGGGACUUAAAUGGGACACACGUUAUGAAAUAAUUAGAGGCAUUUGUGAAGGUUUGUACCAUCUGCACCAUGUAAAGAAAAUAUACCAUAUGGAUAUGAAACCUGAGAAUAUACUGCUAGACAAUGAUAUGGUUCCGAAAAUCACUGAUUUUGGUUUAUCGAGACUCGAUGAGAAGUCACAAACCAUGAGUGAAGUCCGUCUUGGAUCACUUGGAUACUGUGCUCCAGAAUACACAAUUCAGGGAAAGAUGUCUUUCAAAUCAGACAUGCUCAGUUUGGGAGUUAUAAUUAUUGAACUAGUGACAGGACAAAAGGUGAUCCCCAAGAAUAAAAACAAUGUACUUAGGAGAUGGAGGCAUAGAUGGAGGAAAACAGGGAAGGGAACACAGUUGGUUUACCAACAAGUAGAAAAAUGCAUGGAAAUUGGGUUACUUUGUCAGGAAAUUGACCCGUCUGAACGACCUUUUAUAUGGGAUAUCAUAGAUGAUAUCAGACAAGUGGAACGUGUUAAUGGGUCAAUCAGAAAUGACUCUGAAUAUAAGUUUGGACAGGCAAGCUCGUAUGCUCCCUUAGAAGUACAAGUUAUCUAUGGACUACACUCCCUAGUUGUCUCCGUCUUAUGUUAUACACAGUGGUGGAGCUACAGUCUAGCCAGCCUCGGCAACUGCCUGGGCUCUGGAGUGUAUCCUCAUUCAACCCAUUUGAUUAAAUGA